CAGUUGCGUCGAGUCUAUGCGCCGGAAACGAUAGUACCGGCCCCGGGUGCGCGGGGACAACGCCCGGCUGGGGCCCGCAUCCGCGAAGUUAGACCGAUCCGGGUCCGUGUGGGACGGCGGGGGCGACAAGCCCUCUGCUGGCCCCAGUGACAAUGGCGGUGUUUCACGACGAGGUGGAAAUCGAAGACUUCCAAUAUGACGAGGACCUAGAGACGUAUUUCUACCCCUGCCCAUGUGGGGAUAACUUCUGCAUCACCAAGGAAGAUUUGGAGAAUGGGGAAGACGUGGCAACGUGUCCUAGCUGCUCUCUCGUUAUAAAAGUGAUUUAUGACAAAGAGCAGUUUAUAUGUGGAGAAACAGUCCCAGCCCCUUCCACUAACAAAGAAUUAGUUAAAUGCUGAAAAAAGACUAGGACUCCAAAUCUUGAACAUUUUGGAAUGAGCCAAGCUGGACAAAUCAAAUGCAGAAUUACUGGCUUCUUCAUGAGGACAACCAUUUUGUAGUUUGCUGUUCCGUUAGAGUGUGGAUUCUUUCCAUUGGUUGCUGAGUUCAUCUCCAAUUAAAGAAGCAGGUCCAUAAUGUGACAUACCUGGAUUUUGUGCUUAGAACUUUGGAUUGGAAAAAGUAUUCUUAAUUUUCCAUCUGAAUUUAAAGGAAGAUAAUUUCAAAUCAGUGCUUUCUUUCCCUCAGUUUUGUUAUUUUUCUAUCUUAUAACUAAUUAUUAUCUAUUAACAGUAUCAUCUACCUCAGAGUCAUUAGGAUUCCAUAAUUAAAAAGGGAUUUUAUUUUUGAAUUGCUGUUCUAAACUUAAGAAAGUCAGUUUCCACUCCAACCCAGUCUUCUCAGUCCUGCCACUGUUAGAAUGUUCCUGUUCUAUUAAGCAUGCCUUUCCCAUUGUACUUCAUGCUGUUUCCUUACUGAUAUUCUGCACAUUCCUUGAAAAUCGGGACAAGAUAAAAAGAAAAACAGCCAAAGGAAGUGAAAUUGCUAACAGAAUGACAGGCGAAAAAUAUGCCAACUUAGUAAAUUAAAUGUUUGAAUGUUGUUACCAGAUCAGAGCAAAUAGUAUUUCUGUAUCUGAAUUCUUGUUAGUUACUUUGUAGAUACAGCUAAUGAAAUUGCAUUGUAGAUGGGGGCUGAUGUCAAGUCUUCAUGGCUGGAGGCAGGGAUUUUAGCGUUACUGCAAAAUCACGUCACUACUAAAAGGUAAAUGUUUUACAACUCUUGUAUUUGCUGAGGAUGAACUUGAAAGUGAGAUGUGUAUUCUAAAUAAUACGCCCCUGAGAGCACAUCUAAUAAGCUUCUACAAGUUGCAACCAAACCAAACAUUUGCUCUUACAGAGAAAUGCUGCCCUGGGGAAAAGGAACUAUGUAAAGAUAGGCUAUCAGACUUCCUUUGCCGCAGUGCUGAGAGUAGCAAGAAAUUAGAAUCACUUACAUGGAAAUUCAGAAAUUCCCUUUAUAAUACACAGUUUUGCUGUGUGUAUAUAAUAAAGUUUAAAAAAAAAAAACAACUGAAAUCUGGUAGGUCGUUUUGGGAAUGUCUCUUGCAAUUAGAAAGAAAAAUAGCUUGCCAGAAUGUGAACAUUCUAUUACUGAUUGAUAAACAUGCUGCACGCAUUCAUCAGGGUAUAAAUUAUAGCAGAUGAGUGGCCUUUUUUUACCUGCCAGCAGCGUGGCUAUGUCCCGCCAUUAGGCUGAGACAAAUCAUCAAAAAAUGUGUGCCAGAAGUGCUUGGUACAUUACAUGAAGCAUAUGACAUAUUCUUGAUGUGAUGAGAAAUCUCCUUGCUGUUGGGGACACUGACAUCCCAGAAGUAAUCCACAGUUGCUAUGGAACCAGUGAUGGCUCAUGAACAGAGCAGGUGCUGACUGGUGGGAAUAAGCUUCAGAGAGAAAUGAACUGUCCCAUACACAAAUGUUGACGGUUUUGUAGGUAGCAAUGAAUUUCAAACAAGAACAGACACUUGAUAUUGGUCUGAGCACAGAAGAGCAGGAAGGAAAGUUGCCCCGAGUCCAAACAUCCAGCAGAGAAGCAGCAUAGACAGCCACCAGUGAUCAGUGAUAAGCUGCAAUCAUGGGAACAAUUUUGUUUCCAAAGCAAGUGAGUCACUAAAUGUAUUAACUACAAAAGAGCGCAUCAGGAUUUAAUUUAAAUUUCUGUUAAGCAGAAGGUAAAACCAGGGUCUUUCAGACAUGACUAGAGUCGUGUGUGAUACAUGUGCCUUAUUUAGCUCAACAGAUAUUUCUGGAGCACCUCUGAGAACUGAUUUGUAAUCCAGCCUGUCUCUUACUAGCUUUCUAAUCUUGGGUAAGGCCAGUGGAUUCUUCAUCUGUACACUUACGAGACUGGAUCAGAUUUCUAAACCGUCAGUUCUGUAAUUUUAGGGUUCAUAGCUUAUAGGAGCUGAAGUGAUCAUUGAAACCUUUUAAACUGAGAACUGUCUAAAAGCAUGAGUUACAGAGAAAGAGAUUCCAUUCUUCAGUAACUUGAUGUUACCACACUUCUGAGUUUGAAAAUUACAGUUACCUAUUUAAAGAAUUCUGCAUAUCCUUCUGUACAUAUUCAGAAGCAUUUUCUUAGAAAGCACUUGAUGUUUUGUAACUGUACAUAUUAAUUUAUUACCAGAAUAAUUGUAUUGGCAUGCUCAAUAAAGUCAUAAUUUAAAUCCA